UUCCCUCUGUUCUGCAUGUUUGUCGAAACAGCUGAUUGGCCUCUGAAUAUGUAAUAGUCGGCAUUCAAUUGAAAUUUAAACAAUAUAAUAAUGCUUAAAAUUGGCCGUAAUAUAGCAAAUGCUGCACAUAAGCAACAAAAACAGCUAUCCACAUGGUCUCCACUGGGCACAGCCUUCAAUGCACCGCCAACCAAACGAAUCAAUAUUACACGCAACGAUGUGGGUCUCUUUCGCAUGCCAGAGCUGCGCAACGCCGAUGGGUUUCAUUUGCUGCGCGAAAAUGUGGAGAAUUCCACGCAAGAACUCAUCGCAGAGGCUAUAUCCAGCGAAAGGAAACGCAAAAUGGUGGACAUCUUUGACGAACUAUCCGACUCGUUGUGUAAGGUCGCCGAUCUGGCCGAGUUCGUACGCAUUGCUCAUCCACAAAACAAAUAUAUGCAGUCAGCGGAGCAGGCAUGCAUUAGCAUUUGCGGCGUUGUCGAGAGUCUGAAUACGCAUAAGCCGCUGUACCAGGCACUUAGUAAAGUGGUUUGCAACGGUGACGAUUUGCUGCCCACCACCGAGGUGGAUCGUCAUGUGGCCAAAUUGUUUCUGUUUGACUUUGAACAGUGCGGCAUACAUUUGCCCGAACAGGAGCGGCUGCGUGUGGUGCGUUUGAAUGAUUAUAUUCUCCAGCUUGGACAGAAAUUUAUGAAUGGAGCCGCCCAGCCUACGGUGCUAGCGCGUAGUUAUGUGCCGGAAGACAUAAGGGAUUACUUUCCCACAUCUGGCGAUAACAUCAUCAUCACAGGUCUCUGCACGAAUGCAGCGAACGUACAGAUGCGGGAAGCUGCCUAUCGCUUGUACCUACAGCCCUCUGAUAGCCAGGAGGAGCUGCUCAAGGAUCUCUUAAUCUGUCGCCAUGAACUGGCUCGUAGUUGUGGCUUUGAAACCUAUGCACAUCGUGCUCUCAAUGGCAGCACCAUGGAAAAGCCAGAGCUUGUGCGAGAAUUCAUUGAUGAGCUAUCGGAGCAACUGCGUCCGCGUGCUGAUGCCGAUUUCGCGGUGAUGACACAAAUGAAGCGAAAGGAAAGUGGACAAAAUAAUGCGCUUGUCGAGAUCUGGGAUACGCCUUACUUUACAUCACAGCUGAAGCGCCAGUCUCUCGAAGAGCAGGCCAAUGAAUUUCUGCCCUAUUUUUCGCUGGGCGGCUGCAUGGAAGGGUUAGACAAUUUGCUGCACUCGCUAUACGGCGUUCGCUUGCAGAAUACAGAAAUGGAGCCCGGCGAGAGCUGGCACAGCGACAUCUACAAGCUGGCGGUGAUGCACGAGAGCGAAGGACUCCUCGGGUAUAUCUAUUGUGACUUCUUUGAGCGAGUGGGCAAACCGAAUCAGGAUUGCCAUUUCACAAUACAAGGUGGCAAGCGGUUACCCGACGGCAGCUACCAGCUGCCCAUUGUGGUUGUUAUGCUGGGCCUGGCUCAGCCACGGUGGACGGGACCAACGCUGCUAUCGCCCGCUCGCCUCGACAACCUGUUUCAUGAAAUGGGCCAUGCAAUGCAUUCGAUGUUGGCACGCACCGAAUAUCAACAUGUGACGGGUACACGUUGUGCUACCGACUUUGCCGAGGUGCCCAGCGUGCUAAUGGAAUACUUUGCCAGUGAUCCUCGAGUGCUGCGCACCUUUGCCCGCCACUUCCAAACUCACAAACCCAUCUCGGACGAUAUGCUGCAACGAUUGUGCGCCUCAAAGCACUUGUUUGCGGCCAGUGAGACGCAGCUGCAGGUCUUCUAUUCGGCUCUCGAUCAGGUCUAUCAUGGCGAGGCGGCUGAACAGGGCAAGAGUACAACAGAACAGCUGCGCGAUGUACAAAAUCGUUAUUAUGGCUUGCCAUAUGUGGAUAAUACGGCCUGGCAAUUGCGCUUCUCCCAUUUGGUGGGAUAUGGUGCCAAGUAUUAUGCGUAUCUGAUAUCGAAAACCAUUGCCUCCUGGAUUUGGCAAACGUACUUCGAAGCGAAUCCCUUCAACCGGCAAGCGGGCGAGAAGUAUCGUGCCGAGAUUCUUGCACAUGGAGGCGCUGUGCCCAGUCGCAAGUUGGUUGCAAACUUUCUGCAACGUGAAUUGACGCCGCGCAUAUUGGCGGAUAGUUUGAUACAUGAAAUCGAUAUGGAUGAGUCAAAGAUAAAGCAAUUGAUUGUUAGCAGAAACUAGAGAGUAAAAACUGUUUUGUAAAUAAUUUUUUUUUGUCUUUAAUUACAAUUAGUUAACUGCCCCCUACU